UAAACAGACAUGGCUGCGGAGAAGCUUUAGGCUGCGAGCUUGCUGAAAGUUUUUGUGGAAAUGUGGAACUUUCUGCCUCUUUAAAUGUUGGAAACUGUUGCCUUUUUACAGACGCCUUCCACCAAAGACCCUAUAGCUGCACAAUGGCUUCGUGGGCUGGGUUUUCAGACGAAGAACUGCGGAGGAUUCAGCUGAAAGGCGAACCGAGCGAGGCUGCUGUCCGUGCUGCUCUGGGUCGAGGUCGGAGAUCUGCUCCCACUAACCGGAGCAGGCAGCAGCUGCAGCGGGAGAGAGCCCUGCAGCUGGCCGCUAAGCAGAACGAUGACGGUGGUUCUCUGCUGCCUCCUGACCAGCAGCUCAAGGUUUCUUCUCCUUCUCCGUCCAGUCCCAGCCACAUGAGUCCGACCAAUCCAAGAACCGAAGAGCUGAAGCCGUCUGAACCGGAGACAGUGAAACAUGAGCCGGAGCCACAACCAAAGGAUCAGCCUUUAGUGGUCAAGGAGCUGGAUAAAGUGGAAGUGGAACUGCGAGAGAAGACCCGUCUACAGCAGCUUCAGUGGGAGCAACGGGUGAUGGAAGAGAAGAAUAAAAGGAGGAAAGCCCUCCUGGCUAAGACCAUCGCUGAAAAGUCUAAGCAGACUCAGGCAGAAGCUGUGAAGCUGAAGAAGAUUCAGAAGGAGCUCCAAGCUCUGGAUGAUUCAGUGUCAAAUGACAUUGCUAUUCUCAGGAACCUGAUAGAGGAAGCCAGCCUGGAGUAUUCCGUAGCAUGGAAGCGCUUGGAGAAGGCUGAGGUCGAAUACGUGGCAGCAAAGCUGGACCUGCACAAGAAGACCGAGGCGAAGGAGCAGCUCACAGAGCACCUCAGUGCUAUCAUUCAGCAGAACGAGCUGCGCAAAGCCCGCAAGCUUGAGGAGUUGAUGCUGCAGCUGGAGCUCAAUGCAGAAGAGGAGGCGGUCACAGUAAGCCAUGCCCACCAGGCUGCACAGGAGGGGGGCAUAGAGAAGCAAAAGGAGGAGAGGGAGAGCCUCCCUCAGCCAGCUGCGGUGAACGGGCCCGCAGUGGAAAGUGAUGAGAAAACACAGAUGGAUAACGUAGAUAAUAGCAAGGAUGGUGCCACGACGGUGCCAAAAACGAGCCAAGAUCAGGAGAAGGAACUGUUUACAGCAGCCGCAGAGAGCAGGAGUUAGCCCCCACCUUCCCACCCUUCACUCUGUAGUUUGUGGGCUGUUUGGCUGUUAAAGGAACGUUCCAGAGUUUUUCAACCUACUCUCUUUUUGCCACAUCAGUAACUUGUGAUGAAUUACUAUGGGUAUUCAUUUUGGCAUGUUUUCCUGUACUUGGUAAAAGAACGAAAACAUCCACUGAUCUUAA